UCUCUCUCUCUCUCUCUCUUAUUUCAUUGCUGCGAGAACAACCACACACUUGGAGGAACAACUUUCGGGUAAGAGUUUCAUUUUUGUUUUACUAACGUAACCCGAACCGAGUUGUUCUUGGUUUGUUCUCGUUCGUUCUUGUUGCAAGCAUAAAGGGUGUAGGACGGAAGAUUUCCGGAGCAUUCAAGAAGAUGACGGGGUCAAGCUCAUCCCAUUCACGGGGUGGGUCGAGCUCCCGUCAUUCUCCCAAAUCUACACCAACACCGACAACGAUGGACUAUGAGCAUGACGAACAAGACGAAUCAAUGGAGGAGCAAGCUGCAGAACUGCAAGCCGAGGACAUGGAGAUUGAUGAGGACAACACACCGUACCUCGACUUGCGAAGUGAUCGCGAACGUCAAGCCUACGCCAUGAUCAAGCAUCGGAGCUUUGGUCAUACAAAGCCUUCGACCCAGACCUCCUCGAGAAAACAUGUAUGGACAUUGACUUCGCUAAUGUUUGGCAUGCGGUUGGAUGGGAUGACUUUUUGCCCGUUGAGUAGAAAGGUUCUCGUCUCCUCACCAUCUAGUUUCUUUGCACCAUACGGGAGGAGGCUAAUGGUGUUCAUUUCCAAAUCUUUGGGAACGAAUACUAUUAUAAUUGGCGAGAUUUCAGCCAACUCCUUGGUUUUAGUGACCAUUUGCCAGUUUCCCUUGACAAAAUCUUGCCACGGUUUUGAUCGACACGAGUUUUGGGGAUUGAUUUCGGGUUGUUCAUGGCAAGUUUGCACCUCGGUGCAAUGACAUUCAGAAUCUGACUCUUCGUUUAAUGCACAAGGGGUGGCUAUCACUCUCUUUCCAAGAGAUGAUCCACGACCAAUGCGGAACGGUGAGUUGAAAAUAUUAUACGCCAUGGUCAACAAGAUCCGAGUCUCCCCUGCAAAAGCAAUGGUUAAGCAAUGGCUUACAAAUUUCAGGAUGACGGGUCCUAUUGAGUGCACUUCUUUGGUUACACACAUCAUAUCAAAUAUGGGCAUCUUAGAGGGGAACCCUGUUCCUUUCAUUGAGGAUGACCAUGUCUUGAUCGAUGAGUUUUAUUUGGUUCAAGGCAACGUACUCAAGAAAGGUCCGAAUGAUUCCAUGAUUUUAUUUUCCUUAAGUUAUUCAAAUAAAAUUCUGUUGCCAAACGUGGAGUAUCAUUUGUGUAACUGCCGUUCGCUAACCACACCUCUUAUUCCACAAGAGGUAGCCCGUCGGCAUAGUGUUUCUAGUUUACCAGGCAGGAUUACGAGAAGCAGGGCCAGAAGGGAAGAAAUGCAGCAGCCACAACCACAGCCUUCACAUCAACAAGAGGCUGGUGGUUCGACGUGGCAAAGUGCGAGCUCCAGUGAGUGGGCACGGCAGGUCCCAGGGCGCCGAUCCACCAGUUCCAGCUCUAGUGGGAUUCUACCCACCGCCCGACAUUCAGCUUCAUCCAGAGGUUUCAACUCUCUUCACAGCUGGCUGAGCUGAACGUCCUCUCCAACAACAUCGACGAGUCGCUGUGCCAGCACAUCCAGUCCACUCAGGACUGGCAGCGACACACAGGCGAGAGGAUCCGCAACAUGGAGCAGCGACAGUUGCAGCUACAGGAGGAGUGAAGGGUUUACUACUGUUGGGCUGAGUUUAAUCCCAACCAACAGCAGAGAGCCUGAAGCUAGUUUGGGGGAGGACCCCCACGAGAGACGGUUCCCAAAGCAGCCAACGACGCGGACAAACCAGUUUGCGCUCUGAGGUGAUAAAACUUAGGGACGGCGAGAAGAAAGAAACAAACAGGUCCGCGCGGGCUGCCUCGCCACCUCCGAGCUCGGCGGCGAUCGGCGCCGCAUCUCGGCUGUCGUUCCGCCCGAGGCAGCGACGACGCACACGCAGCUACAUAUAUUAUAUAUACAUCUCCAUCCAGCCGGCCGGCUCGCGGGGGGCCUUCGUGCGCGCGCGCAUCCAUCGUCACUUGGAAGCAGCAGCACCGACCGGAGCGCCCCGCGAGGCCCGGAUGAUGGUGCCGGUGCCGGUGAGGAUGCCUGCGGCGGCGCUGCUCCUGUCUGUGCUCAUCACGUGCGCAGAGGUCGCCGCGGGCGACGGCCAGACGAUCUGCGACACCGCCAAGUGCGGCAGGGGCACCUGCAGCGAGAUGCCGGGGGUGCCGCUCCCCUUGUUUACCACCUCGUACAACUGCACCUGCGACGCCGGGUGGUCGCAGCCGACGCUCUUCAACCUGCCCCCGUUCCCCUUCGCGCCCUGCAUCAUCCCCGACUGCCACUUCGACGCGGCCUGCUACAACAUCAGCCUGAUUCCCAAGGGCAUACCCCUCACGGACCCGUGCGUGGCCAUCAACUGCGGCCCGGGAGAGUGCAAGCGGGGCGAGGGCUUGAGCUACAGCUGCGUGUGCGAGCAGGGCUACGUCAACUUCCUCAACCUCACCGCCUUCCCCUGCGUCAAGAACUGUGUCUUCGGCAUGGACUGCUCGAAGCUGCUCGCGCCGCCGCCGGCCCCGGCGCCGUCGACCGCGCCGCCAUCUGGCUCUUUUUCGUCACGGCGUCCUCUGCAGCUGCUGUUGCUGGUCUCGCUCGCCAUGGUUGGACAGCUCGUGUAGCCGCAUGACGAGGCACAGAGGGAUGCUGCCCCCACCCCCGGCAGCCGCUGCCAGAGAUGCAUCAUGCUAUAUAGAGCAAGUAGUAGAGCAUAGAAUUUGCAUUUGGCCCGUCGAGAACCAAAGUGGAAGGUUUGGGGCAUUGGGCACCGGCCGGCUCGUAUCAACUGUACAACGCAUGUAUACAUACAUACAUAAAUACAUACAUACGAUUGUUACA